GAAACCCCAGCUGGCCUAAAGGACCACGUGUGCGUCCCUUAAAUAUCCCUUUUUUAAAAGUUGGCAUAAAUAUAUGGGAAAGAAGCGUGAUUGUAAUGCUGAGCGUCUUAAUCGGUCGUUUCUUUUUUAAUUGUGUUAUAUGAAUAGAAAUUAGAAUAAUAACACCCUGUCUUUUUAAGGCAGCAGAAUUAGCUUUAUCAGUCCCAUCGUUGGGACUUCGUGAGUCACACCGGAAGUGGGGAUUUCCUAUCUUUGAGAAAAGUUGGAUUAAUAAAUAAAAGGGAUUUAAACACACGUUACGUUACAGUCUCGCCGCGCAUCACGUUAAAGCAGGUUUGCUGAAGAGUUGCUAGUCAACACCGAGUUAUUAUUGGAGUCCUGAAGACCGGCGAUAACUUACUGCUGUGUUAUACGCCAUCCAGUAAUCAAGGAGGUUCCAUGAGCAUUAGAAGAAACGGCUGCUACGUAUCAAAGACUUGACUUUGGCAUACAAGUCUUAAGAAGCACCCCCCACUCCCCACCCAGAGAUGUCGAUGGCACUCAAGCAAGUGUUCAACAAGGACAAAACAUUCCGGCCCAAGCGCAAGUUUGAGCAGGGCACCCAGCGCUUCGACCUGCAUAAGAAGGCCCAGGCGUCUCUGAACGCCGGGCUGGAUCUGAAGCAGGCUGUGCUGCUGCCUCACGGGGAGGGGCUCAGCGACUGGGUGGCGGUUCACGCCGUGGACUUCUUCAACCGCGUCAACCUGAUCUACGGCACCAUCAGCGAGUCCUGCACCGACGAGUCGUGCCCGGUCAUGUCCGGCGGCCCCAAGUACGAGUACCGCUGGCAGGACGAGCACAAGUACAAGAAGCCCACCGCCCUCCCCGCGCCCAAGUACAUGAGCCUGCUGAUGGACUGGAUUGAGAUGCAGAUCAAUAACGAGGUCAUCUUCCCCACCAACGUCGGUACCCCCUUCCCAAAGAACUUCAUGCAGGUGGCGAAGAAGAUCCUGUCCCGUCUCUUCCGGGUCUUCGUGCAUGUCUACAUCCACCACUUCGACCGUGUCCUGCAGAUGGGGGCCGAGGCGCACGUCAACACAUGCUACAAGCACUUCUAUUACUUCGUCAAGGAGUUCAACCUCAUAGACCACAAGGAGCUGGAGCCGCUGAAAGAAAUGACAGCCCGGAUCUGUCAUUGAAAAUGGAUCAUCUCCCUUCAGACUGUAGAGAGACAAGCUUUGGGGCAACAUUCCAUCUCGGAGACCACUGUGGAGACAGAAAGAGAGUUUAUUUUUAUAUGUGGCUCUUUUUGAGCAAAAAAGAUAUAUGUAUAAAAAUAUAUAAUCUGCUAAAAGUAUCAUAUUUUUGGUGUAACUGAUGUUUUAUGAGUAUUAGCUGUUUUUAAAGCUUUUUUUUUAACUUAGUUGAAACUUUGUUACUGUUGUUUUUGUUAAUGUAAAUUUUAGAAAUCUGUUUUAUAGUGUAACAAAUGUUGGGAUGAAAACUAAACUGUGUGUGACUGCAUCUUAAGUAUAUAAUUGAUAUGCAAUAUUGAUUGCUGUUCGGUUUAAUGGUAAUAAGCAGUCAAUAGAUGCAAGAUAUAUUCUCUAGACAGAAUGUGAGCACAGAAUGACAGCGGUGGAUACAAGCAAACCUAUUUCAUGUCAUCUGUUUAAUAACGUGGAAGUGAAAUUCAGUAAAGAGGUAGCUGCAAAUCAAUCACAUACUUAUUUAAUCAAUGCAAGUUUGACCAAUGAAUCCUGAAGUAGCCACAUCAUAUCCUGACCGCUGGGACCAGAUUGGUUUGCAUUAAGUCUCGGAGGCUAUCUAAGCGCUAAGUGCUAUUCAGAUUAAAAGUGAAACCACUUUGAAAGAAUAUGCAGACUUUGAACGACGUUCGUAAUAAACAGUUUUAUAAUUGCCAAUUCAGCUUCAUACUGUCGAAUUGUGAUCUCCCAGCUACACCCCAGUCUAUGGGCAACAGUACAAGAAAGCCUGACUCGAUGACGCUGCUAGCUUGUGUUUUGGAAGGCAAUGAUCGAAGUUACUGUGAAGCAGUAUUUAUUUUAAUUGGAUUAACGUUUCAUUAAUGAGCCAUCUUAGCUAGAAAGAUAACUGGACUAAAUCAUCCCUCCUCAGUAGGAUAGGAGGUCGUGGAAUAUUCCAGGGACGCUUCAGAAGACAAAGAGGCUGCUUCCCUAGCUUGCUGUUUGCUCCAUUUUUUUGAAAUGUAGUACUUUAGUGGUGAACUCUGUUUGUUCUCCCGUAGUUGGCUAUAUUUGUCCCUUAAUAGCCAGAUAAUAUUCACUUGUUAAACAGUAACAGGAUGCCCUUCAGAUUAGGAAGAGGGGGGCACAAUGCAUGCUGCAGUGUGAAAUGGGUUACACUUAUUAAAUGCAUACAAUACUAUUUAGGGUUGGCUAGGUUGUUAUUAUGUGUAUAAAAGGAUGAUUUACCAGUGUCCUUUGAUUACUUCUCAUGGCCCUCAGUAGCAAUUAAAUUCCAUUUAAGAUUAAAAUCAACUGUGCUUUUUGUCGGCUCAACAAAGCAAGUCCACGGUGAGAUACUGUAGCUUUAGCUGUCAGAUCACUUGUUUCCAAAGAAAAAGCCCUGAUCUUUUGAAAGUGGAUUUUUCGUAACACAGAUUUACAUGUCUAGUAGCAAGUACACUGCCAGGUUUGUGGAAACCAGUCAUUGUAUAGAAGAAAAACCCAGAUUUGAAAAGGAUGCAUCAUUAGUUUAUUAAAAACAUGUGGCACUGCGGAUUAAACCAGAAGGGAGGUUGAGUAAACACUCUCUAUUACCAAUCGGGGUUCUGUAGCUUUUAGACUGAUUCACACACCAAUUGUGCAACCCAUCACUGAGGGCGAUUUCUGUCUAGUCAAUCCGGAGUUGAAUUUGUCUCAUCUUUUAACUCCAACCUCGAGGCAUCAGUUCCAGUCUUUAGAUAUCAAUGGAUAUUUUGUUUGCAUUUUUAAUUUAUUUAAUAAUUUCAAGGAGUUGUCUUUUGUCUUUGUACUUGAUGGAUAAUUAAUGGCAUCAUGUUGAGGUUUUAAAUUAAACGAUGGGAGACUUGGUAUUAUUAAAAUACUUGACUUGUUUCGCCUUUAACACUCCCCAUGUGUUUUAAUGAGCCAGAACUGCUAUGUUAUAGCUGGGAUGCCUGUCCCACCAGCUGCUGAGGGACUGUGGGGUUUUAAAGGCAUUAGAGUGGACCAGCACAACACAGAUUCCUGCCUUUUCUUUGUCGCCUCUGACUAUUGUGUUUACUGGUACAGAAUCUUCCAAGACUAGUGCCUGCUUCAGCUCUGUAGUGUUAAAGACAUCUGUAUUAAUUUAAUUAACAGGCAAGCUGGGGGCAGGGUUUGGAUGUGUUACAGAUUACAUGUGUAUUUAAUUUGAUGCUUUUAGGUUUAUAUAUAUAAUGAGAUAUACAAUAAAGCCACGUUAUUUUAUGAAA